UGUCUCGCUCGUCCCUAGUUCAUCGUCAGACACAAUCGUACUCGGGACGUUGUGCGUAUUAAUUAGUCUUGAUAUUCAUCUGUUGUGUCCGGUCUAUUGUCCCUCGACAGCUUCUGGUCCCUAUUUUUCUUUCUUCUCUUUCCUUGCAUUCACCACCCGCCUCUUCACUUGACCCGUUCCUCUAGGCGUGACGUGACGGCCGACGACGACGACGGCGACGACGACGACAUGCCCGAGAUCAGAAUCUGCACCACAGAGUCCUGUCGGGACUCGGCCAGCUUCUCCUACUAUGGCCACCGCCCCAACCUCAUCGCCAGCGCCAUCUUCAUCGGCCUCACCGCCAUCGCCCUCAUCGCCAACCUCGCCGUAGUCGCCAUCAAGCGUAGGCGCGGCUGGUUCGCCUUUUACAUCACCUUGGCCUGCGUCUUGCUUUGCUACGCCUGGGGCGUCCGCGUUUUCGACUAUCAUGGCCGAGGUCCCUGGGCUCUGUGGCCUUGGAUGCACAGCACGGCUAUUCUGUCCAUGGCCCCUAUUUUCCUGAGUUGCAGUAUAUUCCUCGUCCUCGGCCCCAUCAUCCAAACCAUCGGAGCCGAACACUCCCCCAUCCGCCCCAGCCUCUUCACCAACGUCUUCCUCGCCCUCGACUGCCUCGCCCUCAUCCUCCAGGGCGUCGGCUUCGCCCUCGCCUUCCGCAACGUGCACCACGCCAUCACCAACGUCAACGCCGAGACCCGCGCCGGCAGUUAUAUUAUCCUCGCCGCCCACGGCAUCCAGAUCCUCUCCCUCCUCGGCGCCCUCUCCCUGUUCCUCCUCGCCGCCGCCCGCGCCACCGCCCACCGCCGCACCCACGGCUACACCACCUUCCACCGCGACGUCGGCUACGUGGCCCUCCCGCGGGGAUUCGUCGCCUGCGCCGCCGCCGUCGCCGCCUCCGCCGCCCUCCUGACCGGCCGCCUGGGCUACCGCGUCGCCCUCCUGCUCGGCGGCAUCCGCGGCGUCCUGGCCCGCGACCAGCGCCUCCUGAUCACCCUCGACGGCGGCCUCGUCACCCUGGCCAUCCUGCUUCUCGUGCUCCUCCACCCGGCCGUCUUCCUCGUCGAGCCGCGCCACCCGCCCGGCCACGGCGCCGGGUCGACCCGCGGCCUUUUCGCGUCGUCCAAGGGCGGCUUUAGCAAGCUUGGCGACGACGCCGAGGCCGUGCCCCUCGAGGAGCAUGAUGUGAAGGGCAAGGGCGGCGGCCGACGGGACGAGAAUAUGGACGAUGUGAGCGAGGUGCUGCUCCAGCGCGAUGGACAGGGCCCGUCGUACCCGUCCGCGUCGUCCCGGUCGCCUGGGUUGCCUUCGGGGUCCUCGAUGCUGCACCAGCCUCCCCCGUCUUUCGACCCGCAGCCGAGCGAAGCGAGUCGGUAUGAGCCUAUGAGGCAUGAGAAGCCGGCGCCUGUUGCGGCGCCGGAUCCCGUGCCUCAGAUGUAUGACCACCCUGCCAUUCGGGAGGAGGCGGUUAGGCCUUAUGGUUCGGGUGGUCUUUGAUGAGUUUUCGGGGGGGGGAAAGAACAAAAGUGAAAGAAAGAGAGACGUGUCUUGUUCUGCUGCGGGUGGAUGAGAUGGUUCGAUGAGUCAAGGUAUCGCGGAAUAUGGA